UCGAACGCCAUAUCUUUGUCUAGUCAGGCCAUGCAACCACCAUCUGCCGAUCAAACUGUAAUUUGGGGCACGUUGGUAUCCGUCUCAGAAACUAUGCAAAGCUUUCGCCGAUUCCUUCUGAAUUUUAAACGUAAAUAUCGCAUGGCGUAUGACCAGAACUUGCCCGUUGAGCAAGUGGCAAAUCAGGAUGGUGCCGAAGAUUUGUUGUAUGUUGAUUAUCUAAGGACGAUGCGACUCACUUCUCAAUCGAACCUAAACCUUGACAUGGCCAACAUAUUGGCUUAUCCGCCUUCGAAGAGUCAAUACCACAAACUUGUGCGUUACCCUCAAGAGGUCAUUCCCGCCUUUGAUCAAGUCUUGAAAGACUGUGCCAUUGAAUUGGCAGAGGAAGAUCGUGAUACUGGGGCACCUGAGCUUCAAGGGAUUGCUGGGGAUGAUCAGAUUGCGAUGCUUGAGCUAAUGACAUUCAAGGUCAGACCCUUUGGCUUAGUCAACCAAUCAGCUCAAAGCGGCGCCAAUAUGCGCGACCUCAAUCCCGGCGAUAUUGACAAGGUUGUAUCCGUCAAGGGGCUUGUCAUACGAGCAACGCCUGUAAUACCUGACAUGAAGAAGGCUUUUUUUCGCUGCUUGAGCUGUGGCCACGCCACAACAGUUGAAAUAGAUCGUGGCAAGAUCGCUGAGCCGGCUCAAUGCCCUCGGGAUGUGUGUGGCCAGCCCGGUGGGAUGAGUCUGGUUCAUAAUCGAUGCGACUUUGCUGAUCGACAAGUGGUGAGGCUGCAAGAAACGCCUGACGAGGUUCCAGACGGCCAAACGCCUCACACAGUUAGUCUUUGUGUGUACGAUGAGCUCGUGGAUAUCUCAAAGCCGGGGGAUCGAGUAGAGGUGACUGGUAUAUUCAGGAGUGUUCCUGUCCGAGUAAAUCCUCGACAGAGAGUCAUCAAGACAUUAUUCAAGACUUAUCUCGAUGUUCUGCAUAUCAAGCGGAGUGACUCUCGACGUUUGGGUGUGGAUUUAAGUACCCGUGAUGGAAACGCUGCCGAUGCCCUCAACGUUCAACAACGCGUCCGUGGUAAUACAUCGAAUCAUCAAACCCGUGCUGAAAUGGAGGAAAGAAUGGUGGAAUUGUCCAGCCGCCCGGACAUAUACGAUGUUUUGGCUCGGUCCUUGGCACCCAGUGUGUGGGAGAUGGACGACAUCAAGAAGGGAAUUCUUCUUCAACUCUUUGGCGGAACAAAUAAGACUAUUGGCCGUGGGGGUGGUGCAGGUGGCCCUCGCUACAGAGGUGACAUAAAUGUGUUGCUCGUUGGUGACCCUGGUGUUAGUAAGAGCCAAAUCUUGCAGUAUGUGCACAAAAUUGCACCUCGUGGUGUCUAUACAUCUGGCAAAGGGUCAUCUGCUGUCGGUCUUACAGCAUAUGUGACACGUGAUCCAGACUCUCGACAGUUAGUGCUCGAGAGUGGAGCAUUGGUCCUCAGCGACGGUGGGGUUUGCUGCAUUGACGAGUUCGACAAGAUGUCCGAUUCGACCCGAUCAGUGCUUCACGAGGUGAUGGAACAACAAACUGUGUCCAUUGCCAAAGCUGGCAUCAUCACAACAUUAAAUGCCCGUACAUCGAUCCUAGCUGCGGCGAACCCCGUCGGAUCCAAGUACAACCUGGCGUGGCCUAUCACCAAAAACAUUGAUUUGCCACCCACUCUGAUUUCUCGUUUUGAUCUUUUAUAUCUCGUUCUCGACAAGAUCGAUGAGAUUUCCGACCGGAGACUUGCUAAACAUCUCGUAGGUUUAUACUUGGAGGAUAGGCCGCCCACUGGUGGUGAUGAUAUCUUGCCGGUUCAAACUUUGACAUCCUACAUCUCUUUCGCACGGAACCGUAUUCACCCUGUCCUCACCGAGGAUGCUUGUUCAUCGCUUGUCCGUGCCUACAUCUCCAUGCGUAAAGCCGGUGAAGACAGCCGUACCAGUGAAAGACGGAUCACUGCGACAACUAGGCAGCUGGAAAGCAUGAUAAGGUUGAGUGAAGCACAUGCCCGAAUGCGCUUCAGCGAAACUGUUGAGUUGCAAGACGUCGACGAAGCCAGUCGUUUGAUCCGCGAAGCUCUCAAAGAAAGUGCCACGGAUCCUGUGACUGGUUUGAUUGAUCUUGAUCUCUUGCAGACUGGCCAAGGACAACAUCAGAGAAAAAUGUUGGAAGACCUCAAACGCGAGCUGGUGGCUCUAUUGAGCUCUUCCAAAUACCAUGGUGGGGUGCGGUGGACCGAACUACAUGAAGCGAUUGAAAGCCAAAGUAGUAUCCCUGUUGAUUCUUCCGACUUCGGUGAGGUGGUAAAAACAUUGGUAGCUGAAGGACAGAUUGUGGUCACAGGUGAACGAGAGAAGCGCAUGAUAAUGCACACCAUGUAAGAGACUUUGUACUGGAUUGUUUAGUUGAAAAAAUCUUUUUGUUACUAUCACAACACAUUUAUUCUGCUAUGAAAGCUCGGCUUCUUUCAAAU